UAGCAGCAGCCGGUCGGUUAGGGAGCACGGCGGAAGGUCGUGGCGCAUCGCGGCGCAUUUCGACUCGCAUCCUCGUCGUCCCAUACGAGUUUUUGUGUUUUUGAUGCGAGCGAGUGUUUCGAAAGUGCCGUGAAAUGUCGAAAGAAAAGUCAAGAGUCCAGGCAUUCGUGCUGAUUCGUGCCAACAUCCGUCGUGUCGGAUACGAUGCAUAAUGCGAAAUCGUGUCGCGUUCAAUCGUGUUUCGCUUCUCCGUUGCCUCGUAUCCCGAAUUUCCGUGAGUAUCGAGAGUGCCGAAAACGAAGGGUCGCUUGUUCGUGCCAAGUGUGAAUCAAUACGUAGGUAUCUACAUACGUACGAGAGGAGUGGAGUCGUUUAUGACAGUUGAUAGGUUAUGUGCAGCCCAGUGUGAUCGUAGUAUCCAAACAUAUUAAACUCUGAAGGUGCUACGCGAUAAAUUAUAACGAUAUAAACAAGAAUUUAUGACUUGACUGUUUCCCCUGUCAUAAGAAUACUUUACAAGACUGCUGCUAUGGAGGCGAACGAACGCGAUCCUGUAACUUCCCGUCUUGAGGAUACUCCUACCGACAACGUUGAUGCAAGUAACGGCGAGGCGAUUUCCGAAUCGCCAACGUGCGAAAACGAGCAAAGCGUCGAGAAGUCAGAAACGGAGGACGCAUCCGAGCCUUUUCAAAGCGGUACGGAUGACACCUGCAAGGAAGCAGGAUUCAAGAAGCCGCUUCUACUGAUCGGCCCCAAGCGGGGUAAGAUCGGAAAAAUUCGAACUGUGAGCAACGACACGGCACGCCCACCGUCCGAAGUGUCGUCCGUGAGUAAGGAAGCUGUCGAAACUACUGAUCCACAGGACGAUAUCGAAGACACUAGCAGCAUUAAGUCAACAUCGAAAAAGCCCAUGGAAGAGAACGUUUCGUUCGACACAGGAAACGUUCCCAUACCGUAUUUGGAGCCAAAAUGGGGCGGGCAACCAGCUCAGGAAUAUAAAUUAGAGGUUCUUAAGUCAGGGAUGAUUCUAGACAAGAUUGACCUUACCAAGAGAAGUUUUUAUGUGGUAGGGAGGUCGCUCUCUUGCAAUUUAUCUCUUGCUCAUCCGACGAUCUCGAGGCAUCAUGCGAUUAUUCAAUACAGAGCAACAGGAGAUGAGAAGAACUCUACAGGUUUUUAUUUGUACGAUUUGGAGAGCACUCAUGGCACAUUCUGGAAUGGACAUCGUAUAAAAUCAAGAACCUAUGUUCGCUUGCAUGGUGGUCAUAUGAUAAGGUUUGGUUGUAGCCACAGAAAGUACAUUUUGCAAGCUCCACUAGAUGAUCAGGAGGAAGAAUCCGAGCUGUCAGUCACUGAACUCAAAGAAAAACGAUUGGAAGAAUUACGGGAACGAGAGAUUAGACAGCAAGAACAAGAAGAAGCAGAAAAGAGAGCCAGAGAGGCUGAAGAGAAUGAGGGUAUUGAUUGGGGAAUGGGAGAAGAUGCUGAUGAGGAAACAGAUUUGACAGAGAAUCCUUACGCUUCUAUGGCAGAUGAAGAACUGUAUUUAGACGAUCCCAAGAAAACACUGAGAGGCUGGUUUGAAAGAGAGGGAUAUGAUUUGCAGUACCAAGUGGAAGAGAAAGGGAUAGGCCAAUUUUUGUGUUGGAUAAAUUUACCUAAAGAGUGUUUUGGCGGUCGUUCCAUGAAGGCUGAAGCUCUUGUCAAAGGAAAGAAGAAGGAAUCCGUUGUUCAAUGUGCUUUGGAAGCCUGCAGAAUCUUGGAUAGACACGGAUUAUUGAGACAAGCUAAUCAUGAGAGUCGAAGAAAGAAAGCAAGGAAUUGGGAGGAAGAAGAUUUUUACGAUUCGGACGAGGAUAACUUUUUGGAUAGAACAGGAACGGUAGAGAAGAAACGUGAACAGAGAAUGAAAUUAGCUGGGAAAUUUGAGGAAAGAGUUGAGACAUAUAACUCAUUGACUGAGAAGCAUAGCGAGAUUGUGAACAAAAUUUCACGUUUGAAUGAUCGCUUAAAAGAAGCACAGGAAAAUAAUGCUAAAGCGAAGGAGUCCAACGAGGAUUCGUUGGAUGCCUUUAUGUCUAGUUUAAACACAUCUACUUUAAGUAAGAGCGAUAUAACAAAAAUGAAAGUGGAAUUGCAGAAUCUACAUAAAGAAGAAAUGAAACUUGUUAAAUUAAUAAAUCUUACGAAGCCGGCUGAUUUACCACCUCUUGUCAGUCAAGUGCAAGUGGAGGAAAGGAAGGAUAAUCAGCAACAAAAGUCAAAACUUUCUAUGAGAAAGGUUUCCCAGCUUGAAAGAAGAAGAAAACUUUUUGAAGCAAACAACAAAGGUGAAUCUUAUAGUAAUAAUACUAUGAAUGAAGAAGAAGAAGAAGAAGAAGAUGAUGACAAUAAUGUUGGUGGACAGGAAGAGGAAAAUAAAGAAGAUGGAAAAAAAAUAGAGAAAGGUGCAGAUGUACAUAAUUUUGAAUGCAAAAUAUCUACACCACAUAAAGAUGAAACAGAAUUGAACGACAGCGUGAAAAACGACGACAAACCGUGUAUUAUGAAAAGUGUCAAUCAAGAAACGAGGAAAUCAAAUGUUAACGCUGCAGACGACAGGAAACGAAAAAAGGAUAGUAAAUCGGAGAAAUUGAAAAAUAUGAAAAAACAAUAUGAUCAAGAUGUCCACUCGGAUGAUUAUUCUACGUGGAUACCGCCACAAAACCAAUCUGGAGAUGGAAGGACGAACCUUAAUGAUAAAUAUGGAUAUUGAAUUAGCUCUAGUGCGCUAUAUAUGUAAAGCUUUGUGUCCAUGAUGCUAAAAAUCGGUGUCGAAUGGCGAGAGAAUGGACUAAUCGCAUUAGUCAGUUGACGAUAUAAAUGCGACCAAUUCUCCCUCUAUCUCGGACCAUCGGACCACCAAUUUCUAGCAUCAUGGAUACAAGACUUAAAAACCGAUGUAAAUACUUUCCAUUAAGAAUUUGACGUUAAAUAGUAUUAUAAAAGGGA